AUGGGCAUGAUCCUCACCACGCUCAUCUUGGGCGGCAUCGCCAUCUCCUACGCGUCGGUGCCGCUCUAUCAGCGAUUCUGCCAAGUGACCGGCUAUGGCGGCACGACGCGGAGGGUCGAGGAGAGCAACAUGUCGUCGCCAGAUCGAUGGAAGAAGCGACCCGAACGGCCGCUCACGGUCAAGUUCUACAGCAACACCAACUCCAACAUCCCCUGGGUGUUCUACCCGCUCCAGAACGAGGUGAAGCUGGUGCCAGGCGAAAGCACGCUCGCCUUCUACCGCGCCGAGAAUCCAUCGCCCGAUGACAUCGUGGGCAUUGCGUCGUACAACGUCGUGCCGGCCAAGGCCGGCAUCUACUUCCAAAAGAUCCAGUGCUUCUGCUUCGAAGAGCAGCUGCUGCCGGCCAAGAAGGGAGUGGACAUGCCGGUCUACUUCGUCAUCGAUCCCGACUUCGUCGACGAUCCCAACAUGCACGACGUCGAAUCCAUCUCGCUCUUCUACACCUUCUUUCGAGCUAAAGAUUUUGACGAUUUGAACGCCCAGGCCUACGACGAAAGCCAACAGCAGAAGGAGCAGCAGACGCCACACCAGCUCGCGCAGCUACAAGCGGUGGUGGAGAAGAAGGAAGAGACACAGACGUAA